AUGAUGAAUUCUAAGGAGCCGAUAAACCAGAAUUCGAGCACAAACCCUAGUAAAAGGCCCCUGGUGGAAAUUGAUAAGCCAACAACCCUAAUAGGCACACUGGUGGCCAUUGAUCACACCAGCCUCUGUUACAGAGUCUGCUCUGUCUGUGAAAAAACUCUCUCUGACAACACAAACGCUUGCAAAUACUGCAACUUUAAAAACUCUUUCAACCCGGGUUCAUCUGGCUCUAGGCGCCUCUUUCGAGUCCUUAUGUCUAUAGCUACUGAUAAACAGGUUUUUGUGGUGAUAAUGUUUGAUCGGGCGGCUAGAGUGCUGUUUGGUUGCUCUGCUGAUGAGUUCUUUGACUUUGCCAAGACUCACCCCUUUGCUGCUGUGACGGCCAGUAAGGCUCUGGAGGGAGAGAUGUUGAGAGUGACACUUUCACAACCAAAGAAUGGUAAUGCACAACAUCUGCGCGUGGUGUCAGUUGUGCCUUUACGAUCUGGUUUUCAGUCAGCUAUUGAGACCUUGAGGGAAUUGUAUUGA